ACUCAUUGUCUUCCUUUUCCUCCAACCUUCACUUCUCUCUCUCUCUCUAAUAAGUAAACUGGUCGUAACCUCCAACCAAGAGCUUACAAGCAUCAUUACAACAACAACAACCCGAAAGAACUCUCAGUUGGAUCGAUCAGCAUUCGGGAGAAAAAAAAUGAAAGGAGGUUUGCUUGUGGACGAUGAAUUUAUUCACGGAGAAGAGACGAACCUGACUGUUCGGAAAACUUCCCUCUUUUUCUCCGGAGAUGGUUUCACUGUUUACGACUGUAAGGGCUCUUUGGUCUUUCGCGUGGACUCUUACGGUGGUCCCAACAACCGCGACACCGACGAGGUUGUCCUCAUGGACGCUCACGGUCGCUGUCUCCUCACCCUCCGACGAAAGAGGCCGAGUUUGCGACGGAGAUGGGAGGGGUAUCUCGGGGAGAGAACAGACGGUCAGAAACCAAUCUUCGGGGUGAGGAGAUCCUCGAUCAUCGGGAGGAACAGCGUGACGGUGGAGGUUUACGCGGAGUACGAGUGCAGCGAGUACCUCAUCGAAGGAAAUUUCGGGCAGAGGAGCUGCACGGUGGUGGAGGCGGAGACGAGGCGGAAGGUGGCGGAGAUACGGCGAAAAGUGGAUGCGUCAACGAACGUGAUGCUCGGGAAAGACGUAUUCUCGUUGAACGUGAAGGCCGGGUUUGAUGGAGCCUUCGCGAUGGGAUUGGUCCUUGUGCUUGAUCAGAUCUACGGCGACGAUUACGUUGAGGUUGGUGAGGAACAGGUGCACCCUUCCGCAGUAGAUCUUUGAUUUCUUCGUCCCUCCCUUCCGUGUGGAAAUAUUAAUAAUUGUGAGUUUUUGUCGGCUUGAAAGGAACGAUUUGGACAAAUAUUUUUCUCGCUCUGUCCCUUUUGAUGUGAUUUGAUUUGAGCUAAGUUGAAUUACUCAAUUACAGCUGUUUAUUUCAAGAAAGAAAGAAAGUAAGGUGUUAACUUUUAA